CUUAAUGUGGCUCCAUACUGCUAGAUACAAUCUAUGGAUAAAACUCACAGAAAAAUAAAAAUGAUUGUUCUAUAGUUUCGGUCUGGGAACCUGCAUACUUUUCUCGCGAGACGCGUUGCUACGUGCUCAUAGAUGAACAUUGUAUCAACAGAGGAACAAAACCACAUUUUAAUGCAUUCAGAUGCAGAGUGUCCCGUAUCCGUGUCUGGUGCACGGGUGCGGCCCAAGAAGAGAGCCGCUGUGGCUGAAUCGGCAACAGCCGAGAACCAGCUGAUCCGUUCAUCUGGGAGACAGAUCAACGUAAGAGUGAAGCGCUGCAGUAACUCUCCGGGUCAGGCAUGUCUGUAUCAGACUAAAAGGAAAGUAACAGACACAGAGGAAGAUGAGGACCAGUCUGAGAAGAAGUACAGGAAAUGUGAGAAGGCCGGCUGCUCGGCCACGUACCCAGUGUGCUUUGCCAGUGCAUCCGAAAGGUGUGCCAAAAAUGGCUACACAUCCCGAUGGUACCAUCUGUCCUGUGGAGAGCAUUUUUGCAAUGAAUGCUUUGAUCACUACUACAGAAGUCAUAAAGAUGGCUAUGAGAAGUAUGCCAACUGGAAAAGGGUGUGGACAGGCAAUGGGAAAAGUGAGCCCAGUCUCAAAGCUUUCAUGGCUGACCAACAACUUCCAUAUUGGGUCCAGUGCACCAAGCAAGAUUGCGGGAAAUGGAGACAGCUGACCAAGGAGAUCCAACUCACUGCCUCGUUAGCAACAACAUACCGCUGUGGGAUGAAGUUGAAUAAUGUCAAGAGUGAAGGGCCAGACCAGUGUUCCCAACCAGAAGACCUGCGGGUGGCUGAAGUGAUUGACAGUUGGUGGCACUCUAUGUUGAUCCUCCCCCCCCUGCUGAAGGACAGCCCGGCCAGUGCCUUCCUCACCGCAUACUACCCAGACUGUGUGGGCAUGAGCCCCUCCAGCUCCCCCUGUAACCUCUCACCGAACGAGCUGAAGGCGGAGCAUUGCAGGGUCACCCAGCCCCAAAUCCCAGGGCUGUGCCCAUAUUUCCAGCCCUUUUACCAGCCUAACGAGUGUGGCAAGGCCCUGUGUGUGCGGCCUGACAUGAUGGAGCUGGAUGAGCUGUAUGAGUUUCCAGAGUACUCCCGUGACCCCACCAUGUACCUGGCCCUGCGCAACCUCAUAUUGGGCUCCUGGCACAGAGACUGCAAGGAAGUGCUGACCCCUCAGAAGUGUGCACCUCACAUCAUUGUCCGAGGCCUGGUUCGGGUGCGCUGCGUGCAGGAGGUGGACAGAGUACUCUACUUCAUGACCAGGAAGGGCCUGAUCAACACCGGAGUUCUGUCAGUCAAAGAGCCCCUCCUGCCAAGUCACUACCACAAUAAGAAGGUGGUCAUAAUCGGUGCUGGAGCAUCUGGCCUGGCUGCAGCUCGCCAGCUGAAGAAUUUUGGCAUGCAGGUGGUUGUGCUGGAGGCAAGGGACCGCAUCAGAGGGAGAGUCUGGGACGACAUAUCGCUGGGUGUGACAGUGGGGCUUGGAGCCCAGAUUGUGAAUGGCUGUAUCAACAACCCCAUUGGGCUAAUGUGCGAGCAAAUGGGCAUAAAGAUGCACAAGCUGGGGGACCGGUGUGACCUGAUCCAGGAGGGAGGGAAGACCACUGACCCAGCCAUAGACAAGCGUAUGGACUUCCACUUCAAUGCCAUCCUGGAUGUGGUGUCCGAGUGGAGGAAGGACAAGUCCCAACACCAAGACACCCCGCUAGGAGAAAAAAUCCAGGAGGUCUAUAAAACUUUCCUCCAGGAGUCAGGGAUCCAGUUCAGCGAGCUGGAAGAGAAAGUGCUUCAGUUUCAUCUGAGCAACCUGGAGUAUGCCUGUGGCAGUAACCUGGACCAGGUUUCAGCACGCUCCUGGGACCACAAUGAGUUCUUUGCCCAGUUCUCUGGAGACCACACAAUGCUGAUACAGGGGUACUCAACAGUGCUCAACAAACUGGCUGAGGGCCUUGACAUCCACCUCAACACCCCAGUUAAGGCUAUUGAUUACUCGGGUGAGCUGGUCAAAGUCACUUCAUCCAAUGGUUCACAGUGGACAGCACAGAAAGUGCUGGUAACAGUCCCAUUAGCUUUGCUUCAGAAGAACAAGCUUCAGUUUGUCCCGCCACUUCCUGAAAGGAAGCUGAAGGCUAUUAACAGUCUUGGUGCUGGGGUCAUUGAAAAGAUUGCCCUGCAGUUUCCCUACCGAUUUUGGGACAGCAAGAUACAAGGUGCUGACUGUUUUGGGCACGUUCCACCUGGUCCUGACAAGAGGGGGUUGUUCAGUGUGUUCUAUGACAUGGAUCCACAGGGAAAGCGUAGCGUCCUUCUGUCAGUCAUGACUGGGGAUGCUGUGGCCACUAUCAAGGAUCUGGGGGACAAGCAAGUGACCAGCCUGUGCAUGAAAGUCUUGCGUGAAUUGUUUAAGGAACAGGAAGUCCCAGAGCCAGUGAAGUACUUUGUGACACACUGGAGCAAAGAUGUGUGGUCCCAGAUGUCUUACAGCUUUGUGAAGACAGGGGGCAGUGGCGAGGCCUAUGACAUCAUUGCUGAGGAAGUGCAGGGAAAAGUGUUCUUCGCUGGAGAGGCCACAAACCGACACUUCCCCCAGACAGUCACAGGAGCCUAUUUGAGUGGUGUGAGGGAAGCAAGUAAAAUUGCUGCUUUGUAAACCUGGUGGUGAUGGAAAAACCUGUAUGAGGACUGCUUACAGAAGACACUACUCUAUGCCAUGAUGCAGACUAUGCCCUAAAGCCAUUGAUUUAGUUUAGUGUAACACAAAAUCAGGAGCCAAAUGCUGAACUUCUCUCAUGAUGCAUUGCUGUGGGAUUUCGUUCCAGGUUUAUUGUGUGGGUGUUGAUAUAUGAAUGGAAAACUGCGGUCAUUUUUUUUUUUCUUUAUAUUUUAUGAAAUCUUAAACUGAAUCGUGAUUGCUCUUGAGGGCAGCAUUAUGGCUUCCAUCAACAUACUGAGGACAGUAUGUUGAUGGAUAUUUAGAAUUCAUCACUUAAAUCUGAGAAUGAUGUCACAGCAUGUAUGCACGUGUGUACAAAUAUGUGCUCCGUCAAUAAUUGGUUUUCAUGGAGCCAGUUCAUUUUUACGCAUCUUAUAACUCAUUUCCAUAAACAUCCGAAUUGCUCAUCUGUAGUAAUGUUUUAAUUAUUCAACUUAUUAUUUUUCUUUUGAUUAUUUUAAAGAUUAUUUUUAAGAAUAAUCUUGUAUAUACAUUGGGCUCAAGAAUUAUUGGAACCCCUAAUAAAUCUUCACAAAAAGUGCUGUAAACUAAGAAGUAGUACCAUUUAUGAAUGAUUCAAUGGAAUCAACCAAAGUCCACAAUUAUUGGCACCCCAGUUUAAUAAAAAGAAAUGUGCAAACACACCUGGAAAAUUCUUAAACUACGAUCCUUGGGUUCCUUAUUGCCUCCCUCACCAUGUUCCUUACUGUCCGUGGGGAUAAUAUGCAUUGCAUACUCUUGCUGCCUUCCUGCGAAGUUUGCAAACAUUCAAUAUGUUUUGCUUUUUAUUAUUACAAUUACAGUGCUAAGUUUUUGUACCCAUUACCUGAUAUGUGAUGGUCAGUUACCAUCUGUGUCUUCUGAAUUGACAAUUCUUUGGCUUUUCACAUCCUGAUGGUUGACAAAGGGAUUUUGCAUGCUUGUUACCUCAUUUUCUAUACCCGAAGUGUUGGAAUGACACAAUAUAGUUCCUUUAGACUGAGAUUAGCUAAACUAAAGUAAAAUUGUAUUGUUAAUUUAAAUUUGUUUGAUUUUAUUUACAAUAAUCAGGAGUGCCAAUCAUUUUGGCACCUGUGGUUUUCAGAAAAAAGGAGAUAACUUUAUAAAAAACAUUGAAACAUGAAAAGUAAAUGUAUUGAAAUAAAAGUAUAUAUAUUUCAUGUAUGUUUGAACAGAAAAUAUACAUUAUUAUUAAUGCUGUGUAUUACGUGCAGCCUUUUUUAUUUAGGGCGGCAAUAAUUCUGGAGCCCAUUGUAUAUAUUUUUAUGUAUGUGUACAAAGUGUAACUGUUGUAAUAUGGCUUGACUGUGUACAACUAUUAUGUUAUUAUAAACCCACCUACCAACAAUGA